AUGAACCACACGGGCAGAGCGUUCAAAGCGGGAGAUCUUAUCCUGGGCGGCUUGUUUCCCGUCCAUUCUCAUUGCUCGAAUUGUUGUCAAGGCCGGUGCGGCGAUCUUCGUUCCCUCGACGCUGCUUAUUUUGCCGAAGCCAUGAUGUACGCCAUUGAUGAGACAAACAGAAAUUCAAGUAUAUUGCAAGGGAUUUCUUUAGGAUUUGAAAUCUUCGAUUAUUGCUCAAAAGAUGUGAUAGCAUUAGAGAAGGCUUCUAAUUUUAUUCCGUCGUGCUGGAAAAAACCUUCACCACCUGUGGUGGGUGUAGUAGGACCCUAUUCCAGCAGUAUCGCGCUUCAGGUAUCCAAUCUUCUUGGACUUUUUAAAGUGCCGCAUGUGAGCUAUGGCGCAACCAGUCCACUGCUCAGCGACAAGGCCCGCUUCAAGUACUUUAUCAGAACAGUUCCGUCUGACGCUGUGCGUGCUCAAGCGUUGGUGGAUGUAUUGUUGAAAAAUGAAACGAAGUAUGUGUCUGUUCUGUAUUCUGACGAUGAGUUUGGCAGAGAGGCGAAAAAAUACUUCACGCAGGCGGCUAAAGAGCGAGGCAUCUGUAUUGGUAUAAAAAUGGCACUUCCUCAAGGUGAUACAGUGUCAACAUUUGAUGAAGUAGUCAUGGACAUAAGCCAAAAGAUAAACGCACAAGUUAUUGUCCUCUUUUGUUCCAAAAGUGAUAUAAGUUUGCUUUUUAAAUUGGUUAAAAAGUUUGGAAAGGAAAGUUUUUUCAGAUGGCUUAUAGGAGGGGAUUAUGCAGAGAUAUCCGUUUAUCUAAAUGGAAACGAAGACAUCGCUAACAAUAUAGUUUUGUGUUCACCACGGAAUGAAAGGUCAACGAGAUUCAUGGAAUGGAGAAAGAGGAACAACGUAAGUCAUAGCCCGUGGCUCUCAGAGAUAGAGCUGCAAUAUAAAACCUCAAAAUACCGCCCUGAAAAUGAAGGAAAAGCAUACUCCGCAGAUUUAUACAUUCAAAGCGUCAUCAACUCCGUGUACACUUUUGCUCACGCACUGGACAAAAUUUGCAAAACUUAUUGUAAAAAUAAUUCCAGCGCUGCAACGUGUUUGAAAGAAAAAUCACGGAAUCAAAACCUAUUGAUGGAUUACAUUUUGGAUGUAAAUUAUACGACGUUGAACGGACGGCGGAUAGAAUUUGACAAAAAUGGAGAUAUUUCCGCAGAAUAUGACAUAUUGAGACCUGUGAAAGACGGGAUAUCGUGGGGCGUCAAAAGAAUCGGCCGUUGGGGUCCACCGAUAAAAGGGGCGGGGCCUGUUGAAGUGCAGCUAUUUGAAGAAGCACUCAUACUGCCCAGAGCCUAUUGUAGUCGUCCAUGUGAUGUGGGAGAAAGACAAAUUACUAUCGAGGUUUGCUGUUGGAGAUGUGAACCAUGUAAAGCCGAUGAGAUCACAUCGAGUAAUCAGACGGAAUGUACACCAUGCACACGAGACUUCAUGCCAGAUGAAAAAAGAGUGAAAUGCCUACCUAAACCUGUUAUCAAUAUCGACUCGUCGUCAUCUCUGCUUCUCUUCACCAAGUUGUUCUCAGCCACAGGAAUUCUCUGUACUUUGUUCAUGCUGGGUGUGUUCGUCGUCCUCAAGCAUCAUCCAGUCAUCAAAGCGUCUAGUCGCGAGCUAAGCUGCCUCUUGUUGGUUGGAAUCAUGAUAUCUUUCGCUGAAAGCUUCUUGGAUUUAAUGGAGCCAGAUAAACGCGUUUGCAGUUUAAGAGGAUACAACUGUUUAGGCCAUGUCACUUGUUAUGCUGUGAUGACUUCGAAGGCUCUGAGAGUGAAUCGUCUUUUCAAUAGCUCACUCCUUAAGACAUUGAAUCCUACAUUUGUCAGCACACGCUCACAGCUAGGAUUCAUAGGAUUUAUCUUGGGGAUCGCCCUACUCUUCUCCACGAUUUGGGGAUUUUUUACCUACCAAGACAGUGUUUUGAGAAUCUACUCAGCAGAAGAGGUUAUUGUCCAAUGCAACAUCUCAAACUUGCACGUGGUGGUCACCAACUCAUUCUACCUUAGCCUUCUUACCCUUUGUGGGAUCUACACAUUCAAAACCCGUAAGCUCCCAAAGCAGUUCAAAGAAACCAAAAGUUUAGGGUUGGCGCUAUAUACAGCUGACACACUGCAUUUUAUUGUUUUGACAAUAGUUUGUACCAUGGGCAGUCAGAACUUGAUCCGAGGAAGAGCGAUUAGGUUAAGCUACCCUUUGGGCGCUUCAGCUGUGUUGUUUCCAAUAUUUUCGGCAAAGAUGUACAGUAUAAUUUUUCGUGAGGAAAAAUUGGUGAAUCAGUUACCAAAAUGGAAACCUAAAUCUGGAGAUAUUCGGCAACACUAUUCAAAUAGUUUUUUGUUGUUAAGAAUGGACCAAUCAACCCCAGAUCUUUUCCGAAGGCGGCCUGAAAAUCACCUAGAAUCGUUUCCUGUAGACGUACGAAAUCACGCUGAGUCACUAGCGACAGUCUCCGAAGAUUCCCGCAGCCGCACAACAUCUAUCCAUACAUUACGAAGCAACUCUGGAUGGUUGGACCGACGCGUAACGUUAGGCGAAGUGACCAGAAGAGGUGAUCGAGAUUCUCAGUUGAAGAAGGAAAGCAAUUACGACCCUUCAUUCUAUUCCACCUGGUUAUAA